AUGGCUGCGUCCUCAUCACUUAACGCGAUGCGCUAUCAGGCUAUAACUUCCGAUGGUAGAAUAUUUGUUUGCUAUCAUCCUGAUAAGAAAUUUCCUAUUGAAUAUACUAAGUCACUUCAAAAACUGAACGACCCAUGGGAGAAUAUGAACGAUACUAUGACGAAGGCUCAGAUCCAGGAAUCACUGCGACUUAAAGCUGAUGAACCGGGAAUUUGGGGGAGUAAAUUGCUUGGCCGAUUGUUUAAUAUUAAACCAUCCGCGGUCAGGGAACAUGUUCGAUUAACCAAAGAACAAAGGAAAACUCUAGAACAAGAAAAUAAAGCCUUAAAAUUUUUUCGCCCACAUAAGAGGAGAUUGUACAGAAGGUUGCUGCAUCUACACCGGCGUAAACGAUUAGAAGAGGAAGCUGAAAAAUUGAAAUUUACGGGUCAACAAUAA